CAUAAACAAUGGCUGUUUCUAUAGCCGCAUCAUAACUCUACCAAAUUGUAACGUAAUGUUAAAAAAGCGCCGAAAUGCAUGUUUGUAGUUAUGUAAAAUGAAACCGGAUGUAUUUUUAAACCUGAAAAUCAAGCAAACGUGGAACGAAACUUAUAAAAACAGGUGAAAACAGGGUUUAGAGCUAGACAGUGCGCGACAUGUACAGAGGUCUCCUUCCGAAAGGACUCAGUGAGGCUGAUCUGAGUCCUGAUGAUGAUGAUGAUGAAGAGGAGGAGGGGGACACUCAGGACAAGACGCAGAACACACAGACUGCCACUGAAACCGAGACAUGUCCUGCUGGGAGAGACCAGAAUGUGCAGAAUGACUCAUCAUCAUCUUCGUCAUCUUCAUCUCCCCCUGACAGCUGUUUGCCAGGAGUGUCUGAGGAUCUGUGGCAGAAAUUCAAAAACCUUAAAGAGGAGAGAAAGCUUCAGAUGGAUCAACCUCCAGUUAGAAAACAAAGAAGAAAACGACACAGGAAAGGUGGAACGUUAAAGCAGACGUGUGAUGCAGAAGAGAAAAAGGAUGAUGGUGAGGAAGUUCGGGUAAAGCAGUGGGAAGAACUGACCAAGUAUUUCGGCACCAACGAUAGAUUUCAGCCCCCAGCCAGUAGCCGACCUUCACCACAGUCAGGCCUGGAAAAGAGCAUGGAGCGAGCCAUCGCCGAAGGGGAUUAUGGGAAGGCGGAGGAGCUGAGCGACCGGCUGGCGACUCGUGAGCUCGCUGUGAAAAUCGCAGAAGCUGCCGACUGCCGUGACUUUGCCCGAGCCAGACGGGAAGAGGAGGAUUCUCGGGCUGCACGGAAAAAGAGGAAACAGAUCGCAUGGGGCUUUGAAGCAAAGAAAAGAUGGGAAACCAAAAGCAACAUGGGCUACAUGUGAAUUGAAGAGAAAUUUCUACAAAUAUAUGUAAAGUUUUGAUACAUUUGUUUUCUGUUGUAUUUUUAACGGUAGGGAGAAAAAAAACUGUACAUGGUUAGUUGAAUAAAUUCUUUGGUCUAAAUGUUCA